GGCUUCAGUCUGAACAACACGGAGAGAGAGAGAGAUGUGGCUUCACUCGCUUCUGCUGUUGCUCGCCCUUGGCUGCUCUGAUUCAGAAAAUCCUGGUCAACCAAGGAUCCACCUGAAUGCAAAAUUCCUACCAAACCAAUCAGAAGUGGUUCUCAGUGAUGGCUCCGCCUUCAACCUUAGCUGCCACGGUAACAGGCCAGUCGAGUUAUCCAGCACUGCACUGCAUCUGCGGUACGAAGAAAAACUGUUGAACCCGCUGGAGAUCAAGCAUGCAGUUCCCAAAUACACAGGAACAUACACAUGUAGGUACAGCAACCACAGCCUGGAGCACCUCAGCACCUGGAUCCACCUGUACUUCAAAAAGCCAGCCGACCCCGCUUCUGUAUUCGUCACACCUCGCAUCAUCCCUAGCCUUAAGGAGGGCGAUGACUUCCUGUUCAUGUGUCUGCUUACGGACCCAUCUGUUACAAACCUCACCCUCCAAUCAGAGGACAGGGAUGGAGGCCUGCCCAUGGGUAUGAACGUCACUAUGGAUCCCAGGAAAGGAGCCCUGAUCGCAGACCUGAGGAUGUCUUUCAGAGGACGGUACACCUGUUCAGGCUGGAAGAACGGACAAGAGUUCAGAUCCACACCUUUCGAUCUGCUUGUGGUCCGAAGAAUGCGUCAGCCUCCGUUAUUGUCUCUCAGUCAAGCUGAAUUUGUCUGUCUUGAAGGAGAGCCUGUUGAAAUCACCUGUCAGGCCAGUAACCCGUCCCACUUCUACAGUGUCACCUGGACACACCCACACAUCCAGAGCCUUAAGAGCACAACCAGCAGUGUAUUUGUCAACAACCAGCUGCUCAUCUUUAGCACUCUGAAUGUCUCUUCUGUCAGACGGAUUCACAGUGGGAUGUACACCUGCACUGCCAUCAAUGAAGCAGGAGUCGCCAUGGUAACCGCACAACUUAGAGUGCUGGAUCAGCCCUAUCUGCAGAUUUACCGGCUGACCCGCACCACAAACACCAUGAAAGUCAGAGAAGAUCUGUUUGCUAACAUUAGCAGCCAGCCUCAGGAAGCGAAAGAAGAAUUGAUUGCUAAUGUUAGCGCUAACAGAAUGAACCUUAACAAGGCUAUCGUUGCUAACAUUAGCAACAGCAGCAUAGUGGAGGUGUAUGAAGGUGGAGAUGUGACUCUCACCUUUCGGAUCGAAGCAUAUCCUCCAAUCAGAGAGCAGCGCUGGACGGCACCAAAUCACAUUAACAAUAAUGGCACCACAGUAUACCAGCAAGACUACACGGUUAAUGGCUACAGGGCGAAUGCAAGCAUGCUGCUGCGGCGAGUGCGUCAGGAGGAUCGAGGCCGAUAUAACUUUAUUUUUUCCAACGCAUUCUUCUUCGGCUCAUGUGAUGUGGACCUCCAGAUCUUUCGUUCACCGUCUACUGACAUAACUGAGCAGAACUCCACUCUGACCUGCAGCAGCUCUGGAUAUCCACCACCUACAAUCCAGUGGUUCACCUGUCCAGGUGUCCAGAAGUCGUGUGCAGAAGGUGCAGUCUACCAGGUGUCGUCCGGUGUGACAUCACAGGUGGAGGACAAAGUGAGGACACACCUUCAGCUGUCAAAUGAUGCUGAUGAUGUCACUGUUGAGUGUUUUGCUUACAACCUGGUGGGAAACUCAAGUCAGGUCUUCGUUCGUCGUUCUACAGGACUUCCCUCUGUCUUAAUGCCAGCUCUGAUUGGAGCUCUGACCUUUUCUGCUGUCCUUCUCCUGUUCCUAUUGGUCGCCAUUUACAGGUGGAGACAGAAACCCAAAUAUGAGAUUCGCUGGAAAAUCAUUGAGAGCACUGACGGGAACAGCUACACCUUCAUUGACCCCACCCAGCUGCCAUACAAUCAGAAGUGGGAGUUUCCUCGAGACAAACUGCGGCUUGGUGCCGUGUUGGGUUCAGGGGCAUUCGGGAAGGUCGUUGAGGCAACAGCAUUCGGUCUUGGAACUGACAACCAGGCUACCAGAGUCGCGGUCAAGAUGCUCAAACCGAGUGCUCACUCGGAGGAACGGGAGGCUCUAAUGUCCGAGCUGAAGAUCCUCAGCCAUCUUGGUUACCAUGACAACAUUGUCAACCUGCUGGGCGCAUGCACUCAAGGAGGCCCCAUGUUCAUGAUCACAGAAUACUGUAGUCAUGGCGACCUUCUUAAUUUCCUGCGGGCUCACGCUCAGCACUUCAUGGCAUCCAUGUGGAGCCUGGAUAAGGUGGAGGAGAAGUGGUACUAUAAGAACCUGGGAGUGCAGCAGGCAAGGCUGCGUAGUGACAGCGGGAUUUCGUGCUGUUCAGAGUACCAGGAGAUGCAGCCGGUUCUGAGUCCAGGACAAACUGCCCCAGGUGUCUUGUCAGACAGUCUUUCCAUCUGUGACCUCAUGAAGUUUUCUUACCAGGUGGCUCAGGGUUUGGACUUCCUGUCCACCAGAAAUUGUAUCCACAGAGACGUGGCAGCGAGGAACGUUCUCCUGACGGACUGCCAUGUUGCAAAGAUCUGUGACUUUGGUUUGGCCCGAGACAUUCAGGACGACGACAGCUACAUCAUCCAGGGAAAUGCCCGCCUCCCGGUGAAGUGGAUGUCUCCAGAGAGCAUCUUUCAGUGUGUCUACACGGUGCAGAGUGAUGUCUGGUCUUAUGGAGUCCUGCUGUGGGAGAUCUUUUCUCUGGGUAAGAGCCCAUACCCUAAUGUUGCUGUGGAUACCAACUUUUACAAAAUGAUCAAAGAUGGCCGCCACAUGGAUCAGCCAGACUUUGCUCCAGCUCAGAUGUAUUACCUGAUGAAGCUGUGCUGGAGUCUAGAACCCACACACAGGCCGACCUUUAAAACGAUUGGCAAGCUCAUCAGCAGGCUCCUCCCCUCCACCAGUGACGCAUUACCACAGCACAAUGAGCAGCUGACCUACAGGAACAUCAACGAGGUCCGAGAGCAGGAAGAAGAAGAGGAGGAGGUCCGAGGGGACACGCCGAAGAGAAAAGAAGAGGAGCAGGGUCACCAUGACAACCGUGGGGAUGGAGACGAGAGGGAGCCGAUGAUGAAGAACAUCUAUCAGCUCUCCUGAUGCUGUCUUCCAUUCAGGAUGCUCUAAACAGACUGCAUCAUGCGACUGAGGCCAGUUUUAUCUGUGCUGCACUGAUGAUAAAACUUUAUUGACACAAUCAGACUGGACAGGAAGCGACUGAUCAGCUCCCAUCAGCUUUC